GGAACUCCGGGCUGCGAGGCAGCGGGCGCGCGGGGUUCAGUGUCCCAGCGGAGCCAGCUGCGUCGGCCGCCGAAAUGGGGCAGAUCGAGUGGGCCAUGUGGGCCAACGAGCAGGCGCUGGCGUCCGGCCUGAAAAAUCCCAUCUAAUCAGAACAUGUCACCUCCUGCUGAAAAUACUGCAGUGGAUUGUGAAGAAGAAAAGCCAUAUUCUGACUGCUCUGCCCCUACCCGCCUCCCUUCACGGUCACUCCAGCUGCACAGGCCUCCUUUCUGUUCCCGGAUCUCCUGGACAUAUCCCAGGGUCUUUGCAGAAGCACUUCCUUCUGUCUGAAAUAUCCAUGGCUGGCUCCUCCAUUCAUUUCUCAGUUCAAAUAUCACCUACUCAGAGAAGUCUUCCCAGAGCACCUGGACAUCUCUGUCACAGUCCCUGUUCUAGUGCAGUGUUGGAUGUUUAUUUCUGUUCCCUCCUGAGAACAUAAGCCCCCUGAGAGCUCAGGCCUUAUCUGUCUAGUUCCCUGCACCUAUAAGAGUCCCAGUAUACUGUAGUGCUAUCUGCUCAUGCGUUCCUGGCCAACCAGUGGUAUCUUGCUCCCCUUUUGCUAAUGGCAGGCAACAAAACAGUCUAGAAAAGAGAAAAUUAUAUCCCCAAAGAUAAGUAGACCACAGGCUGACUGAACACAUGGGGAGAACCACCCUUCUCUCUUAACAACUCAUAGAAGUACGAUGAGCAAACCAAAAGAGUUAUUACAUAGUUGAGCUCAACUCCAAGAAUAGGAAAUCAGGCAACAAAAACAGGGAGGUUUCAAGGUGCUGUGCUGGGGUGGAAGGAAGAGGCCUGGGGAAUCGGGACUGACAGAGGCUCAGGCUUUUACCCAGUGGGAUUUGGGGGCCUCUGUGUAGAAAAAGGGCUGAAAUGGAGCUGCAUGCUUCCAGCCAGAGCUAGGAAAGGUUGCCUGUAUAAGAACAGACUGGAAAACUAUCCCCUCCAAGGAAGCUUGUCAUUUGUUGCCAUUUGAUGAAGAAAGUCCCAAGACAAAACCCCCAGAAACUCAGGCCUGUGCUGUGCAUGGGGUGAGGGCUGAGCCCUACCCUUUAAUAUAAGGACCACUGACCAAGAAAUUCAGAUAAAGUCCACCCAGGACUGGAGAAGCCUAUAGACCCCAUCGAGGCAAAUGUGAAACUGUUCUGUAAGGGCAUUUCCUCAACCAGGGCACACGGAUUGACAGGAAGACAAGCCCUGCUGGGCGUAGCUCGCAGACACCCACCAUUUGAGGAAGCAGACACCAUAGACUGGAGAAUGUCCUCAGAGCUGGUGCCAUUAGGAGGAGACUUGAGAAUAUGGGUACAUGUUUAAACUUGAGGGAGUGUUUGAAACUGUUCAAAGAGAUAAAAGAAUAGAAAACUAUACAGGACAAAACAAAAAAUAACUCAUACAGGAUGUCCAGAAAUAAACAAAAUAUAAAGUCAUUAACGGUCAAUGGAUGAGUUAAACACGAUAUAGAGAUGAAGAGAAAAUGGAAGGUGGAUCUGAGGAAACCACAGAAUGCAGCUGAGAGUAAUUGAGUCAUGUACAAUAGUACAAGAAGACCCAGCAUCUAUAUAAUGGCAGUUUCAGAGGAGAGAAUAGAAUGGAAGGAGGCAAUGUAAAAGGGAUAAUGGAUGAGAAAUUCCAGAAUUUAACAAGAAAACAAAGUUCCUUACAGAAUAAAGGGUCUUGUUUAAACCCCUUCUUGUCACAUUGUAAUGAAAAUACAGACCAUUAAAGACUUAAAAUUUACCAGAGAAUAAAAUGGAUUAGUAUCUGACUGAUUUCAGACUUAUCAUCAAUAAUAGGUGCCAGAAGACAAUGGAUUAAUAUCUUUAGUAUUGAGACAACAUGAAUUCAGUAUCCAGAUAAACUAUUAUUCCAGAAUGAGGGCAUUUUGAGGUAUUUAGAGAGUUACUGCUAACAGACCCUCACAGAAAGGACUACUAAAGGAUGUACUUCAGCAAGAGGGAAACUGAAUGCAGAGGAAGGACUGGGAUGCAAGAAUGAAGACAUUAGUGACUAAGUAUUGUCUGUAAAUAAUUAAUAAUACUGGGUAAUUUGGGAGUGAGAUUGAAGUUAAACAGUCUAAAGCCCACAUGUGGUUCAGGAAGAAGAAUUUAAAAUUAAAGUUCAAUCAAGUCAGAGGAAUAACAAGGACACUUGUUAAAGAGAAAACACAAAAUCAAGAUAAAACAAGUUCAAAUUAUCUGCAAUCACAGUCAAUGAAAUCUGUUAAAUUCACUAUCAGAUUGGUUAAAAUAUUAAAAAUUCAGCUAUAUUAGCUUAUUUGUAAUAGCCCAAAACUGGAAGCAACCGAAAUUUCCCAGAGACAGAAGAACGGAUAAAUUGAGGUUGAUUCAUACAAUAAAAAACUACACAAAAAGAAUGAGCUAGUGAUUCACCCAGACCACAUGAAUGAUCUUGACAACCUGUUGAGCUAAAGAAGCCAGAUCUAGGGUUCCAGUGUUGACCGGCACAAGAAAGCUUUCUGGGCUGAUGGGAAUCUUAUGCCUUUAUAUUAUACUGUAUGUAAAAAUUAUAUUUCAACAUAUAUUGCUGGAAAUUCUGGGGAUGGAUACACAACAGUGUGAAGGUACUUGAUGCCACUGAAUUGUUCCUUGAAAUUUUUAUGUAUAUUUUACCACAAUAAAAAAAAUUACUGGGGAGAGAAGGCCCACUGGGAUCAUACAGAGCUGAAAACAAAGGGCGGGGGUAGCUGACAAGUCCUAACCAAAGAAGCAUGAAUGAUUAUCAGUAUCAGACACAAGUGAAAGGAAGGUGAAACACAGGAAUAGAGACAGAACAGGAGCACCAUGCAACGAGGAGAGGCAUCCAUGGAGCAGACCCCACAUCAGCUGUCAGCGGUGCAGUCUUUAAAUGCAAAAAAUCAACGAAGGGGUCACAGCGCUCAAGAUCCUCAUCACGGGCGGCAUCGUGGCCACUGCUGGCCAGUUCACCCAGUGGUACUUUGGCGCCUACUCCAUUGUAGCAGGAGUGUUCGUCUGCCUGCUGGAGUAUCCCCGGGGGAAGAGGAGAAAGGGCUCCACCAUGGAGAGAUGCGGACAGAAGUACAUGACGAAAGUGGUGAAGUUGUUCGGGCCCCUCUCCAGGAAUUACUACGUCCGGGCCUUCCUGCACCUUGUGCUGUCGGUACCAGCCGGCUUCCUGCUUGCCACCAUCCUGGGGACAGCCUGCUUGGCCAUAGCGAGUGGCAUCUAUCUGCUGGCGGCCACCCGUGGUGAGCAGUGGACUCCCAUCGAGUCCAAGCCUAAGGAGCGGCCGCAGGUGGGGGGUACCAUCAAGCAGCCACCCAGCAACCCCCCACCCCGGCCCCCAGCCGAGGCCCGCAAGAAGCCCAGUGAGGAGGAAGACGAGGCGGCAGCGGGAGUCUCCAGUGGCCCCCAGGAAAACCCUAUCCCAGUGACCGAUGAGGUUGUGUGAACUACUCCGAGUGGCUGCUGUCUCAUGUCGCUUUUCGGUGGGGGGACCCACCCAGACCCCAGAGGUACCCCCUUGCCUGCCCUGCGGAACCACAGGCCCUCUCUUGGUGUCAUUCCCAGAAGCCUAUCUUUUCUCAAUGGUACUUGAAAUCACAAGCAUCUUUUAUUCCAUGAAAUACAGUUUCUGAAAUUCCAA